AUGCCCAUGCCCAUGCCCAUGGCCACUCCGCUGCCUCACCCGUUAAAGUCAAAUUCCAAUCGUCGUUCUCCGCCUUCGCGACGGCCGUCCAGAGCCCACUCGGAGCACAAUCUGCUCACCCACGUCCUGCAGCAGCAUAUCAUGGCCUCGUCCAGCCUGCCAGACUCGUCUGCAAUCAUCGACGACGCCGACGCCACUCCUACUCAGACGCAUAACAGCAGCGAAUCUAACCUGAACCUGAACCUCGCCGUGCCCCGCCAAGACACGGACGACUCAAACCGCCUUUCCUUUUCGCUCUACCAAUUGGGCUCUGCCCUGUACGACCGUGCCAGGGGUGCCGUGUCGACUGCGAGUUCUGUCGCUGGCUCCGAGACAGACGGUGUGUCAGCUUGUUUUGUUUUCUUCUCUUGA